AUGCUAUCUUCAGGCAAAGUUUUCACAGAUGGUUGUAACAAGGGAAUGGCCAAGGAGGUAGCCAAGGCUAACACACACAAUGUCAUGCAAUUUGAUCGGGAAAGAUUCUGCUUCAUGGUGCAGGAAAAGAUUAAUUACAACGAUGGUCGUCCAAAGGGUACUUUCAGCGUUGACUUGAGGAAUCGUAGGUGUGACUGUGGAAAAUUUCAAACGUUCCACUUGCCUUGCUCCCACGUGAUAGCGGCAUGUUCUAGCAUACGACAAGACUAUGCAAUUCACAUUCCAGAGAUCUUCACAGUACUUAACGUAUUCAAGGUCUACAAGGAAAGCUUCCUGGGACUACCGCACGAGGAGAACUGGCUAAAAUAUGAAGGUUUCACUCUCUGCCACGACGAUUCAAUCAGAAGAAAUAAAAAGGGGCGUCCAAAAAGUAGUAGAAUCCGAACUGAGAUGGACGACGUAGAAAAAUAG